CUCUCACCUCUCUUUUACACUUUAUGUAUCUGAAUAAACUUUUGAUAUUCUCUUUAAUAUUACUGGCUAGCUUACUUUCAUUUUCCAUCUUUACCUUCUUAAUGUUCUUAAGUUGCCUUUUGUUAAUAAAAGCUUCACAAUCAUUUAAAUUCCUACUAUUUUUGCUUUAUUUUAUGCUCUCUCUUUGGCUUUUAUGUUGGCUUUGCCUUCCCUUGUUAGCCACAGUUGUGUCAUCUUUCCUUUAGAAUAUUUCUUCCUCUUUGGGACGUAUUUAUCUCGUGCCUUCCAAUUUGCUUCCAGAGAUACCAGCCAUUGCUGUUCUGCCAUCAUCCCUGCCAGUGCUCUUUUCCAAUUAAUUCUGGCCUACUCCUUUCUCAUGACUCUGUAAUUCCCUUUACUCCAUUGAUACCUUUACACUGAUACUGCACUGAUCCUUUAAUACAUCUGAUGCAUCUGACUUUAGCUUCUCCUCAAAUUUCAGGGUGAAUUCAAUCAUAUCAUGAUCACAUUCCCCGAAGGGUCCUAUCCUAAGUCCCUUCAUGCCAGUUCCCAUUCCCCUGCCAAAUUAGUUUAAACCUCCCCCAACAGUUCUAACAAACCUGUCCACGAGAAUAUUGGUCCCCCUCAGGUUCAGGUGCAACUUGUCCCUUUUGUACAAGUCAUACAUCCCCCAGAAGAGAUUCCAAUGAUUUAAGAACCUGAAGCACUACCUCCUGCCCCAGCUUCUCAGCCAUGUAUUUUCUGACAAAUCAUCCUGUUCCUACCCUCACUGGUGCAUGGCACAGGUAGCAAUCCAGAAAUUAAUACCCCAAAGAUCUUGCUUCUCAGAAAUUACACAUUAGAGGGAACAUUGAUUGUACUGCUAUCACAUAACAACAAAUUUCACAACACAUGCCAAUAUUAUGAAACCUGAUUCUGAUGUUAGAAAAGUAAGGAGCCCACUCCUAGUUUUUAUUGAGUCUGGAAAGCAGUAAUAGGUUUCACUAAAAAUGGUAAGUUGUACCUCAAGCCUAACUUGGAACUUCUUGUAACAGUACUUAAGGUCAAAAGAGAGGCAGGAGUGGGAUGGAGAAUUGAGGUGACUUUUGCAAGCCCGGAGGAAAGAUAAAUGUCCUGAAGCAUAUACAAUGACUCUGCCUUCACUAAAGCAGCCAGGCUUGCUAUGUCUCUAUUUCUAUCUUAGAAUUCCAACAGCUACUCGAAUUGGGGGCGGAGUGCGUAUCGCCCUUCACUAGAUUUUUUUGUAAAUUGAUCUGAUAAAAGAAGAUCCGAGAGGCAAAACUAGAAUCUUCUGCAAUUGAUCAGUUCUAGCCCCUGUUAAUCAGAGUCACAUGGCCCCCUACCCAUGUCCAGUUCCCGUCUCUACACUUUCGGGCCUCACCAGCUUUCCACCACUCUCGCUCACUCGUAAUUUUCAUCUUCCCCGGCUCCGGGCGUCCAGCCACGCUGCUAUUGGUCGCCGCCCCGACUGAUCUUAACACCUUGCGCCCUGAUUGGAUGCUGCCGGCGGUAAUAACAAUCAGAGCGCCGCCUACGACAUUAAACUGCCGCUGUGCAAACGGACGGUGGGAAGCAAAAUAUCAUACUUAAAGAAACGCGCCAUUGAAGAAGAGACGCACUAAAAGUUGUAUAAUCCAUUGCAACAGCAGAGAAGACGGAAUAUAGAUGACAUUACCUGAGAGACAGAUAUGCCUGGAUCAAAACCAUUAGCCAUCGGGAUCGAUCUGGGCACCACCUACUCCUGUGUGGGGGUCUUCCAGCAUGGCAAGGUGGAGAUCAUCGCCAACGACCAGGGCAACCGCACCACCCCCAGCUAUGUGGCCUUCAACGACACCGAGAGGCUCAUCGGCGAUGCGGCCAAGAACCAAGUGGCAAUGAACCCCGCCAACACCAUCUUUGAUGCCAAGCGGCUCAUCGGGAGGAGGUUUGAUGACCCGACGGUGCAGUCUGACAUGAAGCACUGGCCCUUCCAGGUGGUGAGUGACAGAGGGAAGCCCAAGGUGAAGGUGGAGUACAAGGGGGAGAACAAGACCUUUUCCCCAGAGGAAAUCUCCUCCAUGGUGCUGACCAAGAUGAAGGAGAUUGCUGAGGCUUACCUCGGCUACAAUGUCACCAACGCUGUCGUUACCGUUCCUGCCUACUUCAAUGACUCCCAGCGCCAGGCAACCAAAGAUGCUGGUGUGAUAGCGGGUCUCAAUGUCCUGCGUGUCAUCAAUGAACCGACAGCAGCUGCCAUUGCCUAUGGCCUGGACAAGAAAGGCAAAGGGGAGCGUAAUGUUCUCAUCUUUGACCUGGGUGGUGGCACCUUCGACGUCUCCAUUCUCUCCAUUGAUGACGGGAUCUUUGAAGUGAAAUCGACAGCCGGUGAUACCCACCUGGGAGGAGAGGACUUUGACAACCGCAUGGUCAAUCACUUCAUUGAGGAGUUCAAGCGGAAAUACAAGAAGGACAUCAGCCAGAACAAGAGAGCGGUGAGGAGGCUGCGGACGGCCUGCGAGAGAGCAAAGAGAACCCUGUCUUCCAGCACCCAGAGUGAUGUUGAGAUUGAUGCUCUGUUUGAGGGCAUUGACUUCUACACCUCAAUCACCAGGGCUCGGUUUGAGGAGCUGAACUCUGACCUGUUCAGGGGCACUCUAGAGCCAGUGGAGAAAGCCCUGAGAGAUGCCAAGCUGGACAAAUCCCAGAUCCAUGAGAUUGUCCUGGUCGGAGGCUCCACCCGCAUCCCCAAGAUCCAGAAGCUGCUGCAAGAUUUCUUCAACGGUAGGGAGCUGAACAAGAGCAUCAACCCCGAUGAGGCCGUGGCCUAUGGGGCAGCUGUCCAGGCGGCCAUUCUGAUGGGGGACAAGUCGGAGAAUGUUCAGGAUCUGCUACUCCUGGAUGUUGCUGCUCUGUCGUUGGGGCUGGAGACGGCAGGUGGAGUCAUGACCACCCUUAUCAAGCGGAACACCACCAUCCCCACCAAGCAGACCCAGAUCUUCAGCACCUACUCCGAUAACCAGCCUGGUGUCCUUAUUCAGGUGUAUGAAGGCGAGAGAGCCAUGACCAAGGACAACAACCAUCUGGGCAAGUUUGAGUUGAGUGGCAUCCCUCCCGCUCCUCGUGGCGUACCCCAGAUUGAGGUGACCUUCGAUAUUGACGCCAAUGGCAUCCUCAAUGUCUCUGCUGUCGACAAGAGCACUGGGAAAACAAACAAGAUCACCAUCACCAACGACAAGGGCAGGCUGAGUAAGGAGGAAAUUGACAGGAUGGUGCAGGAGGCCGAGAAGUACAAGAAUGAGGAUGAAAUGCAGCGGCAGAAGAUUGCAGCCAAGAACUCCCUGGAGUCCUAUGCCUUCAACAUGAAGGGCUCUGUGGAGAAUGCAAAUUUAAGGAAUAAGAUCAGUGCAGAAGACAAGAGGAAAGUUAUUGACCUGUGCAACCAGACAAUAGCAUGGCUGGAGAAGAAUCAGAUGGCAGAGAAGGAAGAGUUUGAGCACAAGCAGAAAGAGCUGGAAAAAGUCUGCAAUCCCAUCAUUGCCAAACUGUACCAAGGAGCAGCUCCUGAGGCUUCUUUUGGCUCUCAGGCUGGACAUGUCAAUUCCUCAGGCCCAACCAUUGAGGAGGUGGAUUAACAGAUUGUGUUCAUGUGAAUGAUACUGAUCACUGACCUUUUGGACUUGAACGUGUGUCAUAUGCACUGUUUAUGACUACCUACAGCAGCCUCUGUGAACUUUCUCUUAGAUACUUUUAGGUUAACUUAGAACUCUGCAAUAACAGCACAAGUCUGAUAGUGGUUCAGCUUUUAGCUUUCUUGAAGCGUAUUGUGCUUCAUAAAUGAUGGUUUCAAAGAAUUGGUAGCAAAGGCAGAAAGCGCAUUGGAUUUUCCUUUCACUCUGUCCAUCUUGUUACAAAAUUUUGAAAUGUUUCAUACUUAAAUGUUUGAAACAUAAAUCUGCAGUAGUCUGCUUAUUAAAAUAUAUUUGUAAUUGUGCUAUUUUUUUUAAAUUGUUCUUUGAAACAUUGAUUCCUUUUUCCAAACUUUGCCACUGCAAAUUCACUUCUCAUUCAUUUAACAUAAUAGAUUGGUUUAACUCUGGUCCAAGUUUAAAGACAUUUUGCUUUUUACCAUCUGGAAACCCAAAUACAUUUUACAACCCAUAAAAAUCAUUUGAUGAAAUAUAGCGAUAAAAAUUGAAAAAUUCAAAGUAAUUUUCACAGAAAAAUAUCCCUUUUUUUUGCUUGCUGUAGGUUAAUUAUUACUUUGAAAGAGACAAGUUAAAAUACUGCUUUCCUUCUCAUAUCUCUCAUUUCUAUCAGCUUCUUUGUACAUGAGUAGCUAUGCUUUAUUGAAUACAUUUACUUGUCCUGUUUACCCAUCACACCUGUACAGGAUCUUGAACUACUUUGCUAAACAUAUCUGCAUCUGUCUAGCUCCAAGAUAUUUCUUAAAGCUUAUUUUCAUAUCUAAACAAUGGUCACUUGUCCAACCAUGUUAUAAGGUAUAGGAGCAGAAUUAGGCUAUUUUGGCCCAUCAAAUCUGCUCCGCCAUUUCAUCAUGGUCAAUCUAAUUUUUCUUCUCAGCCCCAAUUUCCUGCCUUCUCCCUGUAGCCCUUCAUGCCCUGACUGAUCAAGAAUCUAUCAUCUCCUGCCUUAAAUAUACAUAAAUAUACUGAGCUCUGCAGUCACCUGUGGCAAUGAAUUGCAGAUUUACCACUCUCUGGCUAAAGAAAUUCCUCUUCAAAUCCAUUCUAUAAGGACACCCCUCUAUUCCAAGGCUGUGUUCCUAGACUCUACCACCAUAGGAAACAUUCUCUCCACAUCCAUUAUAUUGAGGCCUUCCAACAUUCAACUGGUUUUAAUUAGGUGAUCCCCUCAUUCUUCAGAAUUCCAGUGAAUACAGGCCAGAGCCAUCAAGCAUUCUUCAUAUGACAAGCUCUUCAUAAGUUGCUUAAAAUGUUAAAUAACAUUACCACAAAGCAGUUUAUGGUGCUUUAUAUAUACAAAACCCUGGAUGAUAAGAUGCAUUAAUGGCAGGAAAGGAAAACCAGGAAAAAUUAUAUCAGACACCAAGCACUUAAUACAUUGAAAAGCUUAAAAGAAUAUAGAAAUUGCUGGAGUUAAAUUAAAAGGGAAAUCAUGAAUAGAAUGAAAUCCAUUGACACUGACUAACCCUGUGAGGUUGGCUAUUCUGCGGUAACAAGGAAAGGAAUAUCAAGAUAGUAUUCAUAGGUUUCAUUGAAACCAAAUUGAGUAUGAAAAAAACAUUAGCAAGUUAAAGAAAACCCAAAUUUGUUUCGUAAGUAUAUUUCUUUCUUCUUUAUUUCUUUCAGAUACUGCAUGGUAUACAUUGGCCCUUCCGGCUCUGUGAGCUGCACUGCCAAGCAACCCCCAAUUUAACUCUAGCCUAAUCACAGAACAAUUUACAAUGCCCAAUUAACCUACCAAACAGACUGUGGGAGGGAACCCAUGAGGUCACGGGGAGAAUGCACACACUGCUUACAGACAGCUGUGGGAAUUGAACCCAGAUCACUGCUACUGUAAGCAUUGUGCCAACCACUAUGCUACUGUGCCGCUUCAUCAAGCAAUAUCAGCACACCUACUAAGUACCAACAAACUGACAUGCAUAAAGUUCUGAAAAUAUUUUGCUUAUGUUUUCAUGAAAAAGUAUGUUAAUGUAUCUGAUAGGAUAAAAACUGAAAGGGAACAUGUAUCUGAAAAAGAAUAACUUGCUCUGAAUGAUCCCAGGCAGACAAAGGCAGACUAAAACUUUCCAAUCCUCUUUGUUCUGAAAGAUUGUAGACGGAUAAUAUUGUCCUGUUGUUUAAAAGUGAUAAAGCAAAUAAUUAUAUAGGAAACUAUUAGAACAAACAGUACAAAUUUCAUUUUAAAAAGUACGGGUUAAUCAGGGCAAAUAGUGUGGGUUUAUUAGGAUGAGAUCAUGUCUGUCUAACUUGACUUAAUUCUUCAAGUGGAUAAUAAGAGUUAAUAGGGCAGCGUAUUUGAUAAAGAUUUCAUGAAUUUUAGAAAGGCUUUUGAAAAAGUGGGAUCUCUCAGUGGCCACUUUUUAAAUUCUACUUCCCAGUCUCAUGCUGACAUGUCAGUCCAUGUCAGUUCUCUACCACUGCAAUGAGGCCACAUUCAGGUUGAAGGAGCAACAUCUUAUAUUCCAUCUGGGUAGCCUCCAACGUGAUGGCUUAAACAUCAAUUUGUCAGACUUCUGGUAAUGACCCCCCCCCCACUAUCAUUCCCCAUUUCCAUUUCCUUCUCUUACCUUAUCUCCUUACCUACCCAUCAUUUCACCCUUCCCUUUCUUUUAUGGCCUUCUGUCUUUUCCUAACAGAUUCCCCCUUCUCCAGCUCCUUAUUUCUCUUGCCAAAUGACUUCCCAGCUGUUUCAUUCACACCACCCCCCCCCCCUUCUGGUUUCACCAUAAUCGCCUACUACCUUGAAUUUCUUCCUUCCUUCCCCCCAGCUUCUCACCCUGACUUCUCAUAUUUUAUACUCCCGUCCUAAUGAACGGCUUGGCUCAAAACGACGACUGUUUACUCUUUUCCAUAGAUGCUGCCUGGGCUGCUGAGUUCCUCCAGCAUUUUUGUGUGUGUUCCAGUGAAGAAGCAAGCUUUACACUGCAGAAAUAUAUACAUAUAUUGCAAACACGAGGAAAUGUGCAGAUGCUGGAAAUUCAAGCAAC